GUGUGCAGCUGCUUCAGCUGAGAGGAUCUCAAGAUGAAAACAGCCCGUUUGUUGUAGAAAAUACAGUCCAAAAGUCGACCUGCAGGAAGAUUUUCUCAACACCGUCAGUAAUGUGGAAGCUGCUGAGUCCUCUGCUUCUGCUGUGUUUGCUUCCAGCUGUGGCUCCCCUCUUCUGUUUCACCUGUGUGUUCCCGACCAUCUCGCCUCUGGACUGCAUCAGAUUCCCUCUGAAGUGUCCACCGGGGCAGCUCUGCCUGUCCAGCAGAGCCGUGGGUCGGAAAGGAGACUUCCGUGUGGUGUUGUACGAGAAGAGCUGCGUCCUGCCUUCCCUCUGUGGACUCACGGGAGAGAAAUUCGCCAUGGGGCUAAACUUCACCUUCACCAAUGAAUGCUGCGACACUCACCUGUGCAACAGUGCUGCUGCCCCCUACUGGACAGGCACAUUGCUCACUCUGCUCACUGUGCAUUCAGUUUGGUGAACAGAGAAGCCUUAAACAUCCCAUACUGUGACCCUUUAAAGUAAAUUAAUGGAAGUCUCACAUGUGCCCAGAAUGUGUCUUUUCAUUUUUCAGCUUCAAAAAUAGAUUCCGAUUUGUUUUAUUGUCAUUAUAACGAGUACAACGAAAAGUAAGGUGCAGGCCUUUCAGUGCAAAAAACUAAAAUAUAA